CAAUAAUAUUCUAGCUCAAAAACUAUAAUAUACACACGUAUAUUAUACAUCUUACUAUUACUUUUACACACAUUUUUGUUGCAAUACUUGCUAGACAAUUUUCACAUUAUGGAAAUUAAUACAAACUUUGAGCGUAACGCUGAUCUAAAGACCUUUGACGAGUCCCAAAUGGGUGUGAAAGGCCUUAUUGAUGCGGGUGUUACACAAUUACCUCGAAUUUUUGUCAAUGACCUACCAUCCCCAGACUCAAAAAAAGUCAAUGAGGGACUAAAGCUAAACAUCCCGGUGAUAGAUUUCACCGGGUUAGAGGACGCAGGUCCCGAGAGACGAAAGGAGAUUAUCAAGGAACUAUCUGAUGUAACUGAAAAGUGGGGGUUCUUUCAAGUCGUGAACCAUGGGAUCCCCCAACACGUCUUGGAAGAGAUGCUCAAAGGCGCUAGGAGGUUUCAUGACUUGGAUGCCGAGGCCAAAAGGCAGUACUAUGUUCGUGGAAUCGACACGAAAAAGAAGUUCGUGUUCACGUCCAAUUUUUAUCUCUACACCGGUCAUGUGACUAAUUGGAGGGACACCACCGUUGCCACCAUGAACCCUAUGCCCGAUCCUGAAGAGAUUUCCGAGGCAUGCAGAGAUAUAAUGAUGGAGUAUGGCAAAAGUGUGAGGAAGCUAGGACUAACAUUCAUGGAGCUAUUAUCCGAGGCCAUGGGUCUAAACCCGAACCAUUUGGAAGACAUGGACUCUGCUGAAGAUUAUCUGCUCUUAACCCAUUAUUAUCCUCCAUGCCCACAACCCGAAUCGGCUAUAGGCAUCAACAAGCACGCUGAUAACGACAUCCUUACGGUGCUCUUACAAGACGAUAUUGGUGGACUUCAGGUUCUUCAUGAUGAUAUUUGGUAUGAUGUUCCUCAUAUUCCUGGUGCCUUGGUUAUCAACACUGGAGAUCUUCUACAACUGAUCAGCAACGACAAGUACAAGAGCGUAAUCCACAGGGUGCAAUCAAAGAAAAUUGGCCCUAGAAUUUCAGUGGCAUGUUUCUUUAGGCCUAGCUUGAAGAACCCUAGAUUACUUGCACCAAUUAAGGAAUUAUUAUCCGAUGAAAACCCUCCAAUUUAUAGAGAAACUACUGCCGGUGAAUAUCUUGCUCAUUACUAUAAAACUGGCCAAGAUUAUGGUGUUCAACCCGCACUCGAAAAUUUCAAGCUUAACAAAUAAAUUUAUAUAAAUAAUUAAAUACGUAUGCAUGAAAUAAUCCAAAAUUCGAAUAUGUAAUCUAUGUUUUUAUACGUACAAUUUGUUCAUCUCAUCAUUUAUAUUAUAUUGCUAAUGGCUAAUGCUAGUUUGUACCGAUCUAGAGAUCACUAGAUCAUUGCUCAUAACUUUUAUGCCAUUUUUCUUUUAAUUAUUUCAAUUUCGAUCAAAUAAGUGUUGUAAAAGCAAGUUUCAUACGGAGUAUAUCAAUACAUAAUAAUAAAAUUGUUA